GCUGGCCCCUGUCUGCGAAGCCAGACCUGAGUUCUCCAUCUGGUUUAAGGACGGUUAGAAAGGAAGAGAGAAACCAUGGAAUCUUCCAAAACCUUCAUGAGAAAUCUUCCAAUCACACCAGGCUACAGUGGCUUUGUGCCGUUCCUUAGCUGCCAGGGAACCGCCAAUGAGGAUGACAUGGGCCACUGUCUGAAAACCUUCCAGGAGAACACCCAGCGCUAUAAAGACCAGCUGGAGGAAUUUCGCUGCUCCGUGGCCAACGCCCCGAAACUGAAGCCCGUCAACUCCGAGGAGACGGUCCUGCGGGCGCUGCACCAGUACUACCGGCAGUACCACCCCAUGCUCCUGGAAUGCAAAUACAUAAAGAAACCUCUCCACGAGCCCCCGAUCCCUGGCUGGGCGGGCUACCUGCCGAGAGCCAGGGUCACGGAACUUGGUUGUGCCACGAGGUACACUGUCAUGGCCAAAAACUGCUACAAGGACUUCCUGGACCUCAUGGAGCGGGCCAAGAGGGCACGUCUGAAACCAUAUGAGGAAAUAUACGGAGUUAGCUCCACACAACCUUCUGCUCCUUCUCCAAGAGUUUUGCAGCACAAAGGGCUGCUGCCGAAAUAUCCAGAUUUCUCUGUUCCAGAUGGAAGCUGCCCUGGUCUUGAAAGACCCCUGGGAGAGGACCCCAGAGCUCUGAUAAUGCGUGGCUGUGCUCAGAGGCCAAAUUUGUCAGGUUACGGGAAGAUUUAUCUAGAGCCACUGUGCUCAGCAAAGCAUGCAGAGGCUAGAAACCUAGAAUCUCCCAAGGAGAGGUGAACCUUAAGGGGAGGUUCAAAAACCUGCCAUU